AUGGCUGUCAUCGAACGUGUUACCCUCUUCAAGAUCCCCAACAACGACGACCGUCAGCGUGUCCUUGAACAGUUCAAGGUCCUGGUCAAGUCCGCCACCAAGGACGGCAAGCCCUACAUCAGCAAUGCCGCAGUUGGAGCCUCGUUCGAUGACCCUCGUACGCACGGCUACAACCUGUCCGUCAAGAUGACUUUCCAGUCACUGGACGACAUGAGAUACUACGACAACGACUGCGAGGCGCACAAGGCUCUCAAGGCUGUUGCCGUCCCUGUCAAGGAGGACCUCUUGACCACUUACUUCGAGUCCGUGGUCUAA